AGCACGUGCAGGUGCAGGACCAUGUCGGUCCUUCUCGCUGUCCCGGGUUUCCUUCACCAUCGGCCGUGGUUAAGUAGCUGCAGCGGCCUGAGUCAGGAGCUCGCUCUGCGGCGGAGGACAUGGCCGGGGCUGGCUUCUGCGACUCCAGGCCUUUGCUGGACUUACACCAGAAGGUGGAUGAUAGAAGGGCCCUCUUCAAACCCUGGCAGUGCACAGAUGAAUACGCUGAUCCAAGAAUGGUGUCCCUCAACCUGGAGGCAGAGUGCAGAUGGGAUGCGCUCCAUGCGUUAGUGCCUACUCUCCUGCGGCGGGAAGUGGAGAUUGCGUUAGAGAAGCUGGACCUUAUAUGGGACCACACGUAUGCUUGGGAAAUGUUCUUGGACAUGAUGAAAAGUCAGGGCUUGUAUACGUUUUCCACCAAAGACCUACCACCUAAUUUUACUGAUGACAGAAGAGUCAUUCUAGUCGACUGGCUAAUAAAAGUUCAUGAGAUGAUGCAGUUUCAGGAUGAAACCCUAUUUCUUGCGAUUCAUCUGCUGAACCGGACCCUCAACCUGAUCAAGGUGCCCACUGCCAACCUGCAGCUGCUGGGCAUGGUCUGUCUGUUCAUCGCUGCCAAGAAGGAGGAGAGCCUUCUUCCUGUGGUGUCUGACCUGUGCUAUGUGAUGGACUAUAACUACAGCAAACAGCAACUGCUUCGGAUGGAGCGCAAAGUGCUCAGUCGGCUGAAGUUUGACUUGUCGUUCUGCUCUCCUCUUCACUUCCUGCUCCUGUUCUCCUCAGUCGCCCGCUGCAGCGCCAAGGUGACUUGGAUGGCGCGUUACUUGCUGGAGCUGAGUCUGUUGGAGGGGCAGUGCGUGGUUUUCCAGCCGGUGCAGUUGGCAGAAGCGGCUCUGUGUCUCGCUCGCCUUGUCCUGAACGAGUCCCCCACCCCCGAGGGAGAGGCCGCGUGGUGUCUCGUGUCCAGCCUCCAUGUUGGCAAUGAAUCGGCCUUGCUGAGUAUCAUGCACAUAUUGGCCACUGGAGCCGCCACCGCUCAGAGAGAUUCCUGCGCCACUUAUAUUAAAUUCUCCUCCCCAGAAGCGAUGUGCAUCAGCAGGCAUCCCGGUCUGGUGAAUGCCUCUUUACUGCUGGGUGUGCACAAAUGACCCGUGGCCUGUAAACCUGUUAUUGAAAUCCUGUAUUGUGUAGCACCUUAUUAUCCCUGUGGUUGAGGAAGAAGUAGAAAAGUGUAUGCAAAAUGUAAAUGUGUACAGUUUUAAGCUCUUAUCUUGCAGCUGAUUGUGUCCUUUUGUUUUGUGAUCUGAAAUGAAGUGGAUUGUCAUGAAAUCAAAGCCUUUUUAAUGUUAAAAUAAAGCGUCUGCUGCAAUUUUGAAA